AAUGGAGUCUUCCUCCGCCCAACUAUCUUCGCAAAUUCCUGCCACUCCAGAAACUUAUGGCUCAGAGAUGCAGAAGUUGAAGGAACUCCAAUAUGUCCUAGGCUGCUCAAAGAGAGCACUUGCCAGGUAUUCAGACCAUCCAUCACUGAAAUUUCCAGUCAGGAUUGCCCUAAUCCAGAAGGCAUUGGUGGCCAUUAAAGAGGAUGUCUCCUUGUUUAGGAACAGAGAAUCUGAUGAUGUUGACUGGGGAAAUUUUAUGUAUGAAAAUCAAAGCAUCAGCUGGAGCCUUGACAUUCUACUAAAGUCUGCUGAUUACCUUUUAAACAAAUAUAAAGACUUGUUUGAUGAAAAUGUUGAGCAAUUAAGGAAGAUGGGACAGCACGCAGAGAUUAGUCAUAAAGAUCUUUUGAACAGAGACAAAAUCCAAUCAGCCUAUGGUGAAGCAAGCUCUCUGAAUGCUGAAAAAAGUUAUAAUCAGACAGACUCUCUAGUUUGUACACCUCAAGUCAAUUCCUAAU